AUGUUCGCUGCCAACAUCAUAUCAUACUUAGCCAAGUUGGUGCCACCCCGAUGGAUCUGGGCGCCCAUUUUAGCAGCAGUUUUCUUCUGGCUUCUAAGCGCUCCGUCCCUCAAGACUUCCCUUCCUGUAAUCAACCAAAGACGGCGAUUUGAGAUCGGAAGCCUGGGAUCUUUAAAGCGGUUCUUCAAGGAUGCACAUGGCUUGGUCAGGGCUGGACUCAGUCAGGGCAGCGCCUUUUACCUCUAUUCGGAAUUCGGGCCGAAGAUCGUGCUCGCUUCAAAAUAUGCAGAUGACUUCCGGAGCCAUCAUGCAUUAAGCUUGCUGGAUGCUGUGGCAGAAGAAUACCACGCCCAUAUUCGAGGCUUUGAUCCUUUCAACCGGGACCCGGCUAUCAUCAUAGAUAUGACCGGUCGUGCGUUGGGGGAGUUGUUCACAGACGAUCCCGACUGGCAUGACUUAGAACUGAAGCCCAACAUGCUCGAUCUAAUUUCCAGACUGACAUCGAGAGUGUUCCUCGGGGAGAAGCUAUAUCGCAACCCGGACUGGCACCGCGUCACGGCUGGUUACGCCGUCCACACAUUCAUGUCAGCUCUAUUUCUCCGGAUGUUCCCACGAUGCACCCGACCCUUUGUGGCCAACUUGCUACCAUUCUGCCGCAAGAUGCGCAAGGAGCUCCAAGAAGCAAAAGACAUCAUCACCCCGGUCGUCGAAGAAAGACGGACCGCCAAGCAAGACGCCAUCCGUCAAGGAAAGGAGCCCGAACGCUACGUUGACGCCAUGCAGUGGAUGGAGGAAUGCGCAAAAGGCCGUCCUUACGACCCGACCCUUGCUCAGAUAUCACUCACACUCGCAACUAUACAUACUACAUCGGACCUGCUUACACAGACACUCUUCUACCUCGCGGAAAGGGACGAAAUCAUCGUGGCGCUACGAAACGAAGUAAUCACAGUUCUGCAAGGGGAUGGAUGGUCCAAGUCCACUUUCAACAAUCUGAAGCUCAUGGAUAGCAUCUUAAAGGAAAGCCAACGGCUAAAACCGCACAAUAUGGGUAAGCCCCCACUCCUAUCCCUUCCAAUGAAGCUGAAAAAUCCCUUUCUAAUGCAACCACAAAUAGUCGCAAUGAGACGCUUCGCACAAGAAGACGUGACCCUCUCCGACGGAACCGUCCUUCCCAAAGGAUCGAUCUCAGUCCUCACCACUGAGGCCAUGCGCGACCCUACCAUCUACCCAGACCCGGAGACAUUCGACGCAUACCGGUUUCUAAAACUGCGCGAGACGCCCGGCUACGAGACUAUGGCGCAGGCAGUUUCGACUACGCCUCAGCAUUUGGCUUUCGGGUUGGGAAAGCAUGCUUGUCCUGGGCGAUUCUUUGCGAUCGCAUUGCUUAAAAUCAUUCUGUGUCAUAUUCUUCUGGAGUAUGACUUUAAAAUAGCUGAUGGGUGGAGCCCGACGGUGAGGAAGUACGGGUUCAUAUGGCAGGCGGAUCCGGUGGCGAAGGUGUCUGUUCGGAGAAGGAAGGAGGAGUUUACUAUCUUAUGGGAUUAUCAAUCAACAAUAUGA